ACUGUGCGCACAAGAGGGACAGUUCAGGACACGGGUAGUCUGUGUGCACAACAGGGACAGUUCUGGACACUCACGGUAAGCGGCUUGCAGACCCUCAGCGGCAGGCCGCUCCAGACAGGGACAACCAGUGGU